GAAGCUGCAGGAUGAGGAUAUGAGGACAAAGAGUUCAGCCGAGCGACAAACAAACGCAGCUCGAAGACCAUAAAAUAUCAUUUGUGUUUACUCUUUUCGUUUCGUUUCCUAACUUCAACGCCAAACUUCUAAAAACUAAUUCACCGACUACUUAUUUUUCCGUUGUAGCUAUGUUUUAUAGAAAAUAUGCCGACUCCAGCAGUGAGAGUGUCGUAUUGGCGGCAGAGCUGAUGCCUGUCGUAACCGGCUUUCUCGGCUUUUGUGUGUCGCAUCAGUGACUAUGGAUGUGAGAGCAGUUUUGGAGUUUGCCACAGUAACCAGGGGCCUCUCUCUGGUUCUGCAGGCUGUCUUGAACGCUGCUAUCCCUGACCAUGACGCCGAUGCGUUCAGGCCCCCUCGGACAGACGACUCCCUGUACUUGGACUCGAUGGUGGAGUGGUUGUUUGGCGGCCUCUCUCACUGGGAUGCUGAGCACUUCCUCUUCAUUGCCGAGAGAGGAUAUCUUUACGAGCACAACUUUGCGUUUUUCCCCCUCUUCCCCGUCAUCCUCCGGGGCCUGGCAGAGACGCUGCUGUGGCCCCUGAGCAGCUGGCUGAGUGUGCGGGGGCGGCUGCUGGUUGCUGUGGCCCUGGGAAACAGCGCCCUCUUCCUGUUGAGCGCCGUCGCCUUCCAUGCCCUCAGUAGAAUAGUUCUCCAGGACAGGCGUCUUGCUCUGCUCUCCAGCCUGCUCUACUGCAUCACACCCGCCAAUGUUUUCAUGACUGCUGGGUACUCAGAGAGCCUGUUUGCUGCUCUCACUUUCGGUGGUCUUUAUCUCUUGGAGAAAGGAUUCAUCUUCCGAGCCUGCCUUGCCCUCAGCAUAGCUACCGCAGCACGAUCAAAUGGCCUUGUCAACAUAGGGUUUCUGCUGUAUCUUCCAUCACUGCAUGCCAUCUCCCAGAUUCGUUUGUAUCGCGCCACAACAAAAGGCCACAGUAAAGUCUUCCACUACAUCUGGGUCAUCAUCUGUCUGCUGCUGACCUCCGUCUUGGGAACUGCAAUUAUUGCCCUACCCUUCUGUGCUUUCCAAUACUAUGGUUAUAGGACGUUUUGCACACCAUCCACCUCCUUGGAGAGCAUCUCUCCUGCUCUCCUGUCAAUAGCUGAACGGAAGGGCUACCGGGUUCCGGAUGAAAACGGUCCACCACCCCUCUGGUGUAUGAGACCCCUGCCCCUGCUUUAUUCUCACAUCCAGGAUGUAUAUUGGGAUGUGGGCUUCCUCCGUUAUUUUGAGCUGAAGCAGAUACCCAACUUUCUUCUGGCUCUUCCUAUGGCCACCCUUGGAAUAAUUGCUUGUUAUGCAUACUUUCAAGCUAAUCCAGAGCUGUGUGUGAGACUCGGCCUUUGGGACACAAGUGCAAACAAAGGGCUUGACAAACCCACGCCUGGAUUCUUCAACCCUCGAGUGUUCGUGUAUGUGGUGCAUUCAGCAGUGCUGCUGGUUUUUGGGACAUUGUGCAUGCAUGUGCAGGUACUAACCAGAUUCAUGGCCUCCUCGUCUCCUGUACCAUUCUGGAUAAGUGCUCACCUGCUCCUCCUCAAUGAGCCACUCCUUCAUCGAAGGAAAACAUCAAACCCCAACGUGCAGCUGCAUUCUAGAAAUAGCUGCAAGCACACACCUCAGAAUCCUAUUGUUGCGCUCCUGCCACACUUAAAAGCCUGUUCUUCUACCACACAGAGCAUCCUGGGAUACUUCCUCUCUUACUGGCUACUGGGCCUUGCACUGCAUUGCAAUUUCUUGCCGUGGACUUGACUUAAGACAUUGUUUCAAGCUUUACACGCUAAGGUUCUGUGCAGGACUAGGCUGUAAAGUCAGUGUUUCAGCAGGCAUCCUUUGGUAUUUCAAUAAUAACCAUUAAUUGCAAUAAAAGGACAGUGAUUUUGUCAAAGAGAUAAUUGUACAUAUAAUGCUACAUUUUACAUAAUUAAAUUCACACUUGACAAAAACAUAAAGCCAACACAAAGUCCAAAUAGUUGUGUCUUACUGGAAUGACUUUGCCCGGUCCUGCACAGAGCUUUCUGUGACAAGAUUACAUUUUUAAUGCCAGUUCUUGAUCAUGAUACAGUUGCCAGGUUUCAUUUGCACAUUUUAGUCAAAUGUGUUUUUGUGUUCUUUGAGAACAAAUGUAGAAUAUAACUGAAAUUUUAAUGGACUCUGGUUGGGUGUAAAUAUUGGGAGACUACGGUUGUACGUGGGAGGGGAACACUUUUUAUUUCAUAUUCAGUUCUUCCUGAGGCCACUGCUCUUUGAAACCGCCAGCUUAUGUCUCGGGACUUGAGUGAGAAUAAAAAAACAAAACAGGAACCUUAAUUUUUUUCUUCAUCUUUUAUUUAUUUAUUUAUUUUUUUGUGUAAAGGUAAUGGUUCUUUCAUGAGGCAUUGAUGUAAAAUUGUCCAUAAUGUGCAAUUUUAUUUUAAAGAACAUUUGUUGCCAAAGUUGUGUUAACAUGUCAGAUAACACGCGAUAAAUCUAAACAAGGAUGACAUUUGUGCUGAAGACCUUUUCUUUCAUGUAAAAGUUUUAAAUUCUUUACUGUAGUGCAAAGUAAACUCAUGAAACAACUUGGUGCAGAACUGCUACACUUAUUUUUAUGGAAAAAUCCUUACUAACACCACCAACUCAACUGAACCCUGACAGUUAUCUUUAUAUAGUUUCCAAACAAGUGUCCAUUCAGUGCAGCCUGACAGCUAUUAUUCAGCACAUGCCACAAGUGAACAAUGGAUUUCUGUUAU